GGAUUGCUCUAUGAUCGUGGUGAUGGUUGUUCUAGCAUCAAGUAUAAUUAUACAGAUUAUGCGAUCGGUAAUACAUCGAAUCUCGAAGGCAUUAUACCCCAAGUUCCCUUGCCCGCCUAUUAUAGAAAAUAUAAGAUUGGCUUAAUUUCCGCAGAUACUACAAAUUGCACUAUCGCGGAAAAAAUCACUAAAUCCAUAUCUGACGAUGAUAUCGGAAUUAUAAUGUGGACAUCAAGUGAUCGUGAUCUACCUGAUAGCUCCCAGACACUUGUACCCGUGUUCUCUAUAAACUCAACUUCUUCAAAUCAAUUAAAGAGUGAAUUACAGGAGAUAUAUGACGGAUUUAUAAAAAAUUCUUCUACCUACAGGGUGCUGAGAGUAAAAAUGGUGCCUUUCCAACCGUUGUCGCCUAACUUUUGGUUUGUAUCAAUGAUCUCUGUGGCAGGAGUUUUAAUAUUAUCGUUCUUCGUCUCUAUAAUUCUGCACGUAAGAAUUCACCGGGGACGAAGGCGGCAAGUUGAACAAAUCAGGUUUCAACGAGAAAACGACGAAGCGUUGGGCAUGAAAAAAUGGACUUUGGACAAAGAGGUGAUUGGAACAUUUCCGGUCAUUAUCUAUUCAAGAAAAAUUUCAUCCACAGAGACAGGCGAAGAAAAGGAAUCUCCUGAAGAUGUGGUUGAGAAUAAGUCGUCAUCAGAUGGAGUUGAGGGAAAAGGGAAAACAGAUGAUGUAAAUAACAUUAGUGAUGACGGUAUCGAUGAACAAUCUCGACAGCAUAAAUUAUGCCGAAAAUCCUCCACUCGAUCAACCAAAUCACAACGAUCGGAAAGGGCUGUUGGCAGUGCAUCCUUACUUUAUUCCUCACCUGACACCGAUACCACCAGCUCGGAUCACAUCUCGAACUCCGAAACCAGAGAAACGUGUGCCAUAUGUUUAGAAGAUUUUGAUAAUGGCGAUGAGGUACGUGAGUUACCUUGUCGUCAUUGGUAUCACGUGGAAUGCAUUGACCCCUGGUUGACUACGAAGAGUAGCUCAUGUCCGUUGUGCAAGAAAGACUGCAAACCUGAGAAUGCGGAGGGAGAUAAUGAACAAAGUACCGUGGUGGAUAUACAGGAAAUACAAGACAGGGAAUCACGAUCGUCACAAGUGGUCGACGAUAGUCAGAGCCAGACGCCAGGCUCCUCGUCGCAAUCGAGUGCGGGAAGUGGUGUGAUAUGGUUUAUGAGUAACCUAUUUAGACCAAGAUCACGGAGGCAACGAGAAAUUGUCGAUGAGAGCGAAGGAGGAGUACAUUUGGAAAUGGAGAAUAUCCAUACAUCUGGGAAUGUAUGA